AUGAUUGCUGCCGCUGGAAUCGAACAAACGCGCUCUACCGCAAUCCCGCGCGAAUGUAAUAUCCGGCCUCGAUUAUCGGACUUUUGUGGCAGCAAUAAAAACGUUUUCUUGUUCAAUUAUUCAUCAAGAAUUCCUAAUCAGCAUGUCCAUACUUAUCUUUUUUUCAAAAAACGCUUGAAAAAAGUUCAGUUCGCCUUGUUCUUGUCGUCGUCGUUUUCCCCUCUGAUCUUUGUCUCUCUGGAUCGUGAUCGCCACAAGCGACUGCCUUCAGUGUGUACGUGACAAACUGCAGAUUCUGAAGAUUCUCGUAGACGACGUGCGUCUGAAUUGUCAUCAUUUUGCUGCCGUCGUCUCUGUCUGACCCCCUCUUCUUGCCGUCCUUUUCUCCCCCCCACUGACUUCUCGCAACCCCCACUAACAAAACUCACGUAGCGGGCAGUUGGCCAGUGUUGGCCGUGUGGAGCAGAGACAACGGGCGCACGCUUCGAGCGAGCGGUCUGUCGCUCACCUGUUUCUCACGCACGCAGUUGUAACUGUGAUCGAAAGUCGGGUACUAGACUGUAAGUGAGGAAUAUCAUCACCUGACAAUGCUGCCUUCCUUCUGAGUUACUUUUUCUUAUUUUUUUCAAGUUAGUUUCUAGAAUUGGGCGCUAACAAGGAUUCAAAUAACUUAAAAUCCUAACAUUGGAAAGCUGUCGUCUGUUGAGUACGUCAUCUCUGACUACAGUAAUCUCUCUUGACUACACACAUUCUCUCGAUGUGCUUGAUGACAAUUACGCUCUGACUGCACGAACUGGUGGAUGAGUACAAAAGGAGAGAAAAUAGUCAUAGCAACAGCUCUUUUUGAUUCCACAUAUUCAAUCGUUUUUCUGCCUAAACUAUAACGGAAAAAAAAAGAGAAGCCGUCAAUUUCACUCGAGAACUUCUGCUCCUGAGGUACCCCCAUUUUCCUUUUGUUUUCAGCCUCAUCAAUUUCGUUUCAGGUUCUGAAAGGUGUGAAUGUUGCCGAAAAGACGUUCGCAAUCACUGGAACCACUUCUGGAAUCGGUGUCGACACUGCAGAAACACUCGCUUUCGCGGGAGCUCACAUCGUGAUGCUCAACAGGAACGUCGUCGAAUCGGAGAAACAGAAGGCGAGGAUUCUGGAGAAGAAAUCGGAUGCGAAGGUGAACAUCAUUGCGUGCGAUCUGAGCAAUCGGAAGUCGGUGAGAAAGACAGGCGAAGAGUACGUCGCGAACAACGUCAUCCUCCUCGGAGACCUGUGCGAUUCUUGAAAGCCCGGAGAUGAGGUAGAGGUGACUGGAGUCUACACGAACAACUUCGACGGAUCUCUCAACUACAAGCAGGGAUUCCCAGUUUUCAACACUUUGAUCCAUGCAAAUCACAUCACCAACAAGAGCAAGAUGGCUUCCGAUCAGUUGACCGAUGAAGAUAUCAAAGCGAUCCGCGAGCUUUCCAAGGAUCCCAAUAUUGCCUCCCGUGUCUUCGCUUCCAUUGCCCCUUCGAUCUACGGACAUGACGACGUCAAAAGAGCCAUCGCACUUGCUCUGUUCCGCGGAGAAGCCAAGAAUCCGGGAGCAAAGCAUCGUCUGAGAGGAGAUAUCAACGUGCUGCUCUGCGGAGAUCCAGGAACCGCCAAGUCUCAAUUUGAGAUAUGCUGCUCACAUUGCCCCUCGUUCCGUGCUCACAACCGGACAAGGAGCAUCGGCCGUCGGUCUGACUGCCUAUGUGCAGAGACAUCCGGUGACUCGUGAAUGGACCCUCGAGGCUGGAGCCAUGGUGCUGGCCGACAAGGGAGUCUGUCUUAUCGACGAGUUCGACAAGAUGUCCGACCAAGAUCGUACUUCCAUCCACGAGGCGAUGGAACAGCAGUCGAUCUCCAUUUCGAAGGCCGGAAUCGUCACUUCUCUCCAUGCUCGCUGCACAGUCAUUGCCGCUUCCAAUCCAAUCGGAGGACGGUACAAUCCGACGAGAACUUUCGUCGAGAAUGUUGAUCUCACUGAACCAAUUCUCUCCCGUUUCGACGUUCUCUGUGUCAUUCGUGAUUCUGUCGAUUCUGUUGAGGAUGAGAGGUCUGUCGUCAACGUCGUCAGUUGCUUUUACAACCUCACCUUUACAGACUUGCUAAGUUCGUCGUUGGAAGCCAUCGUCAGCAUCAUCCGGAUGCUCAGCGGUCCAAGGAAGACGAAACCACUGCUCACGAGGACGAAGACCGUUUGGACGAACGAACGGGCGUGCAUCUCAUUCCACAGGAUCUUCUCCGCAAGUACAUCAUCUACGCCCGUGAGAUGUGCCAUCCGACCCUGCCGGCUCAGCAUUCGGAGAAGUUCUCCAACAUUUUCGCGAUGAUGAGAAAGGAGAGCAUGGCGACCGGAUCUGUGGCGAUCACUGUCCGUCACGUCGAAUCAAUGAUCCGUCUGUCUGAGGCUCAUGCCAAACUCCAUCUGAGAUCGUAAGUGAUCUUUUGCUUGCACUGUUUUCCAACUUCACCUUUUCAGGUUUGUCAACGACGACGACUGCGCUGCAGCCACUCGCAUCAUUCUCGAAUCGUUCGUGAACACACAGAAAGCGUCGAUUAUGCGACAGAUGAAGAAGACGUUCUCGCGCUACCUCACCGAGAACCGUUCGGCGAAUGAGCUUCUGCUAUUCGUGCUCAAGCAGCUCAUUCGUCAGCAGAUGCACUACGCCUCGGCACGUGGCGGUGGAGACUCGAUCAUCCAGAACGUGACCGUUUCGGAGGCCGAGUUCAUCGAGAAGGCCCAUCAAUUGCGCAUCGAGAACGUAAAGCCGUUCUAUACUUCCGAUAUUUUCACUUCUAACAACUUCACGUAUGACCCGUCGAGAAAGACAAUUGUUCAGGAGAUCUUGUAUGUAUAUGUAUAUUCGUUUUAUUGA